AUGCAGGGAAGCUACAGGCGGUUCGUAGCAACUAUGGCGCACAGCACGCAAAGAUGCAGGGAAGCUACAGGCGGUAAGGCACCUCGAAAACAACUCGCAACCAAGGCGGCAUACCGUCCAAAGUCUUCUCCGAUGGAGCGCGACAUUGCCAAGCUGUUCCUUCAGGAGCACCUGAACGACGUGGCCUUCAUCGUGGGCCCGGAACGGUCGCGUCUUCCAGGCCACAAGGCAAUCCUGGCCGCACGAUGUCCCAAGUUUGAGGCUCUCUUCUCGGGAGGGUUUGGAGACUCCUCCGCAACAGAGGACGAGCUACCAGAUGUGAAUACCACCGCCUUCACCGCAAUGCUGGAUUACAUCUACAGUGGCGAUAUGAGCUGCUUCAAUGAGCUUGCGCCGGACACGCUUGCGGCGACCUUCGCCCUGGCGGACGAGUACAUUCUGCCGCUACUCAGAGUGGGCUGUAAAUUCGCGUUCACAGAAAGGAUGCAGCCUACGAAUGCGUGCGAGACCCUUCCCAUCGUGUCAGGGCGUCCCGAGUGCGCGGAGCUGGCGCAAAUCUGCGAGCAGUACAUUGCCGACUACUUUCACGACUUUUCAAAAGAGAGUCUGAAAGUGCUGACGGAGGAUCUUGACCUUUUGUUAGCCGUCCUCAAGAACGGCAUCGCUCCCAAGUAG